AUGCUAAACAGCAACCCUCUGGAACUUAUUUACAGCAAUGAGGAUCCGGCUACAUAUUUGUACUACAAUGAAACCAGAACAACUCCUGACUUACUCCUGGCUUCAAGCGACAUCAGCGAGCAUACACGUCGCAAAAUAAUUGACGAUCCUGGUUCUGGUCACAAACCAGUCAUUGCUAGUAUUAUCAUCGACAGCAAAAGCAUGACAAGGAAAGUGCCCACUAAGUUAUCAUGGAAGUUCAAGAAGGCUGACUGGACUAGAUUCAUAAGCCUUUUAGAGAAUGAAAUUCCACAGGUCCCCUAA